CUUCCUUUCUCACAAACAAGUUACAGUACAAGAUGGCAAUGGCAAUGCAGCUUGUCUUCUUUCUCUACAUGUUGGUUCCAAUCACAGUGUGUGAUGAUGUUUUUAAGCUGGUUAACAGUUCUGUUCAACUGGACAUACCAGAACAUUUGGAUAAGUCCUUCGAUCUUUUCUGGACAUUUAACAAAGGCAUUAACAUUGUGAGAUAUAUUGAAAAUUCCCCAACUAAAGUAUUUGACAGAUAUAAAGACAGGGUGGAGUUCAAUGAGGAAACCUACAGUCUGACACUGAAGAACCUACAGAAGAGUGAUAGUGGAAUCUAUGAAGCAAAAGAAUUUGCGUACCGCAGUGUAACUGUCGCUACGUACCAGUUAAAGGUGUUGGAUCCAGUGGAGAAACCAGUACUUACUGCUUCUCUCCAAAGUAAUGACACCUGUAAUGUGACUCUCACCUGUGAAGCUCAGAAUCUCUCAGUAACCUCUCACUGCUACAAUGAUAAUUGUGAUAUGAUGGAAAAGAAAACAUCUGGAGACACGUUUCCUUUCCUCUCACUGUAUGUUAGUAAAAGUUUUAUCAUUUGUAAUCAUAGCAACCCAGUGAGCUGGAAAAAUACAACUAUAGAGAUAAAACAUGUGAAACAACUCUGCCCUCCUGAAGGUGUAAGCUUGCACACUUACUGCCUGGUCUAAAUGUAAAUGUAAGAGAAUGUACCUUCUAUAUUAAUGUACUAUUACUAAUUGAUAUUUGUGGUAUGAUUACAUGAUUAAGAUUGAACAUAUCUUCCUCUCCAUGCUAUGCUGUUCCUCACCAACCCUCUUCCCUAUGUUGUAUCACGCUGUCCAGAUCUCACCCUCAUUCCUUAGAAAUUCUAGAGCAUAGGUCACUAACAGGCGGACCGCGGUCCGGGUCCGGACCCAGAAGCUGUCCAAUCCGGACCCGGACCUACAGCCAAAACAAAAGGUUAUGAUUUAAAACUUGAAAAGGUAGUGGAAACGCACAGACCAAUCAAGUCUGUGCAUUCCUGAAGUAAACACUGAGACUCAACAGUGCAAGACAGAUGAGAGAGAAUUAGAGUAAAGUUACACAUGAAAGAAAGAUAGCGAUACAUGUAGAAAACAAAGGGAGAGAAACAGACGAGUGAGACGGAGAAAUGGAGAGAAACAGACGAGUGAGACGGAGACUGAUUUCUGUUCACACUUCACCAGUGGGUCUCAUAUUAAACGUGACGAUGUGAAACGCCAUUAUGAGACCAAAUAUAAAGGAUUUGAACAAACAUAUCCACUCAAAUCUGAAGACAGCGUCCCUGAGACAGCUUUCCCAGGUCUGAGGGAGGUAGCCCUAUACAUCCUGACCAUGUUUGGCUUUACAUACAACUGCGAGGCAGCUUUCUCUACAAUGUACAUAAUCCAAAAUAAAUAUGGUUCUAGGCUCACUAAUGAGCACCUCCACAUGUAUGAGAACGGCCCUGACUCCAUUCAAGCCCAGGUUUAAACCUAACCCAAGCCAAGCUAGACCUCAGUUCUCUCACUGAGAUAUAAAAGGGAAAGUUAAGGACUUUAUUUAAACAUACACGAUUUUCACAUUUUAUUUAUUUUCUCUUAUUUUUAAAUGUAGCCCUACUUUUAUUUAUUUAAUGAGAGAACGUUAUGCAUAUCUACAAUCAUAUAUAUGUUCAGUUCUAUGUUACGUGACAAUAAAUAUUGUCAAAAGGUUUUUAAAUUGUACUUAAUUUAUUUGAUUUGACAAUCAGAUGUUGAUACAACUACUAGGCUACUAGAGUGUCAUUUUAAAGGGCAUGAUACUUGUGUAGGGUUAAAGUAUUCCUGUGUAUAAACAGAUUAUGUCUCAUGAAGCCUGUUUCUUUCUGCCUGUCCCUUUUAAUGCCCCUUUUAAUGUAUCUAGGCUAUAUUUAAUACCUCCCUAAUAAAAUAAAUGAAAGUAUUUCUUUUCUUAGUGUAUAAACACAUAUUGAAAAACCUGCUGCUUUAUUUCCAGAAAAUAAAAAUCCUAUCAUCUUUUCUCAUUUUUUUGUCAUGGACCAUUUUAUAUACAUAAACAGUCCAUAUUACAGUGUGAUGCCCAAUUUUAAAAGAUGAAAUUGUCUUCCUCGAUGAUGGCAAACCUUUUUUAACCUUUUACAAAUGAGAAUAUAAUUUUUACUGACUAACUUAAAUAAUCUAUUUGUCAGGAUAACGUGGACUUUUUUCUCUGUUCACUAUGUUCUCGUGCCAGACCACUAGAGGGCAGCCCUGCACGACCCUUCUUUUGUGUGAUUAAAUUCAUCAGUUUAUGAUGUU